CGAUCCAAUCGAUGCAGUGCGAAACAGAGCCACUUCACUCAGUUCAUAUAUGCUCAGUUUGUUGUUCGUGAAUCAGAACUCAGUGUUGGGGGACUUUGGUUCUUGAAUGGAACUGUGUGAUUACGGUGUACAUUUUGUAGCCAUUUUGUUACAGUGUGAGUUGUUGCAGUGACUGAAUGGUUACGGGCCCGGGCUUACAGAGUGCAAUACCUUGUGCGCAUUGUUUUCUUCUCCAAAAUAAUAGGGUAUUGUUUUAGAGAGAUAAGCCUACAAUAAGAAACGCUCUUGUAAAACCGACGCUAGAGAAUGGCUCAUGAAAAAAACCUUUAAAACAUCAUAACAACAUUAGACCUGUCAUUUCGAAACACUGGUGAUGAUACGCAGGGUAAAUAUUGUGUCAACUCUGGUCUAGUGUUGAGUCUCCAAGGGGCAGUCCAGUUCUGCAUCCAGCCUGUGUUCCGGAUGCGCGAUGUGCCACGCAGAUGUGAGAAACACUCGAUAUGAAAUGACAGAUUCACCAUAGGGUUGAGCCCACCCUUGCCAUGCCUUCCGGCUCCUGCCUUGGGAUAGGCCUAUGUAAGAAUGUCAACACAGUAUCUAGAUAAAUCAGGGUUGUGUUUUCUUCACGGACGACGAUGGGACGAAUCCCCAGCCGCAAGCCAGCCUUCGGGUUGCAUCAAAGGAAACACAUCUAUCCGUGAAGCACUGCAGGAUUUCUACACAAGAAAGGUAGAAGUACCUGAACACAUAGCCGAACUGCGUAAAGCCAAACUCGACCAAAUCUUGCCCGGUCUACUUGCCAGAGUCCAGAGAAACACGUCACGAGUCAGGUGCCUUGACGCUAUCUACGUUGGCAGUACAGUAGAGGACUUGGUCAUCCGGGGCCAUGCUGAUUACAAUGUUAUUGUGCCGCUGUCUGUUGUAGGGACGAUCACGCCUGUUUCGGCGGGAAAACCUGAGCAGUUUGUGUUGAGACUCCCGCGCCUUUUCAACAUCAAGGAAGUAAACGAGGACCGCUGGGCUGGUUGGAGGGGCGAACGGAACUUUCUCUGUCCUACCUUGGCAAAUAAAAUGUUCCUCAAGUUCAUCAAAAAGUGGCAUGAAGUCAGGCAACACAGUGACACGGUAGUUAUUACAAAUUCUGGCGUGAAAACUUCCCCAGUACGAGUAGUGACAUCACUCGGGGCUGACGCCACGAAUGAAAAUACAGCAGUUACCAUUGAAAUAAUUCCAGGGAUUGUACUAGGAAAGAAGAGCGCUGAUACACGGCGACUUUUCAUCGCUAAAGAUUUUUGCGGGAAAGAAGUUUCGGCCACAGAUGAUCCGGUUUGGACGCAGGUAAGCUACGAAAGCGAGAGGGCGCUCUUGCUCAAAGUGAAUCGUGCAGACGGGAGCUGCAGAGCACGAGCUUUGAAAAUCUUCAAAACAUUACGGUCCAAAGAUGACACAUUGGCACAUCUCACCUCCUACCAGAUGAAGCACGCCCUCUUACACCUGUGCGACGAGCAAGUUGAUCAGUCUCGAUGGCAAAGACGAACCAUAGAACACUGUUUCGCUGAAAUACUUUGCAAAUUGACCGAUUUCAUUUCGAGAAGAGAACUGCCGCAUUUUUUCGUCAGCAAUUUGAACCUCCUGGAGGACAUUCCUGAGAGGACGUUGGCCAAAGUAGAGAGCCGUUUGAGGGUAUUGUCCAAACGCGAAAAGGAACUCGGAAGACUACUCAGCAAGGAGUGAAAAACGAUCAUUUUGCCAAAUAAAAAAUUGCAAUAAGGCAAACAGACUUCUGAAUGAAACAAGCUUGCCUGAGCAGAUUUAGUCAUGUAUUUGUCUUUUUCUUGGUUUUUUUCCGGCCAAUAUUUAUAAUUCCCGGCUUCUGCUCAAUUUAGUUGUAACGGCAUUUACAAUUCAAAAUCAGUUUCUGUCCAAACGUGAAAAGGAAAUUUGUAAACUUCUGAGCAAUGAGUGAAUAAUGCUAAAAAUAAAAUAAAAUAUUGUGAUAAGCAAACAGACUUGUGUGAAACCAGCUGGACUGACAGCAUGUGUUUGUCUUUAUAUAGGUUGGCUAUUUUAAACACUACUCGGCUCAAUCAAUUUCGUUUAAAAUUAAUUCUCUGUUGCACCAGCAUUCAACACGACAAGGCGGAAGUGUUGCUGCACAUUGCUGGAAAACACGUCGGACCGGACCACUUUGCAAACUGACCCCAUCUUUAGUUGUUUUGAUGCAUCCAGCAGUAAUCACCUGGUCAACUUUGCCGGAAAAUUGCAAGAAAAUCACUUUAUUUCGAAACGUAUCUAAACUCACGACUUGG